CAUCUGAGAAGGGCAUUGCAUUCCGCUGAUCACAGACAGACGCCUCGCAGAUAGAUUCCCAGCCUCGGAUUGAUGAUGCUCGUGAAGUCUUGGUGCUUUCUCUGGUUGUUGGAAUGCCAGGUAGUUCUGGCCCAGAGUGUCUGUGGAGGGAAAAGAAAUGGAGCUAGGAGACCAAAGGCUAAACAAGUUUUAUCAAAUAAUGUUGAAAAACUCCCUGGUUUCAGUAACAAAGAUAAAGAUUGUAUCCUAGAAAUGGCCUUUUUGCUGGAUAGUUCUGAAGAUGUGAGCAAUUAUUAUCAUGAGCAACAAAAGAAAUUUGUAUUGGAAACAGUGAAUAAGAUGAAAAGUCUACAACUCACUUCUGGUCGUACCCUCCAAUGGAAAAUGUCCUUACUGCAAUAUAGCAGUACUGUACUCAUGAAUCAGACUUUCCACAGUUGGGAGGGUCCUGAAGACUUCCAGAGCCAUGUUGCAUCCAUCACACCCACUGGUCCAGGAGCCUAUGUGCCUUAUGCCAUAACUAACUUAACGUGGCUCUAUAAGACAGAAAGCAAUCCUGGCAGUGCCAAGGUUGCAGUGUUCUUUAUAGAUGGGGCAAAACAUGCAAGAAACAGAGACAUUUCUGCAGCUGCUAAGAAGGCUAAAAACCAGGGCAUUGUCUUCAUUAUCGUGGGACUGUCCAGUAUAGCUGAAGAGACGGUCAAUGCUGCCAUACUGCCUUGCCUUGCCACAGUCCCUGUCUCACAAACUGUCUUUAGUCUACAGGAGAAAGAUAUUGUGGAGAAGGUUCUUAAAAAAACAAAAGAACUGACAGAGGAAAAGUGCCUUCAAACUUCUGCAUGCUUAUUAUGUGAGAAAGGGGAAAGAGACUUUCCCUGCCCUAAUGGCAAAAGAGGUGACUGUGGCAUUCCAGGGAUAAAAGGUGACUGGGGAUCUCAGGGACAUCAAAUUAUUCAAGGAGAAAGAGGUCCUCAAGAAAAAGAACUCCCUCAAAUAAAGAAUGAAGUUGGACCCCAGCAUCUACCUUCCAGCUUUCCUGAUAUUGGGAUCAAGAGAGAGAAGGGUGAUCAAGAUUUGCCAGUAAAAAUAGCAGUAACUGGACAAAAAGAGAUUAAAGCAGUUCAUCCAAAGGAUGAAUCUGGUUCUUCGAACCCAAAAGGUCAGCCUGAUUACCCAGGACAGGUUGAAAUCCCAGGACAAAAGAGGGAUCCAAGAGUACCUGCUGUCCAAGAUCCAAAUGUUAUUCCAGAUAUCAGCAUCCCAAGUGAAAAGGGUAACCAAGGUCAGAGAAGCAUGCAUGACUUAGCAGAAGCAAUAGGAACACCUGGGACUACAGGAUCUAAAGGCAAAAUUGGACCCAGAGAUGAUCAAGGCCUCACAAGAGAAGAUAUAAUUAAAUUAAUUAAAGAAAUAUGUGGGUGUACCAUUAAUUGUAAAGAUAUACCAAUGGAGCUUGUUUUUGUGAUCAAUAGCCCUGAAAGUUUGGGACCUGAAAACCUAGAGGUCAUCAAAGACUUUGUCAUAUCUCUAGUUGACAGAGUCACUAUAGGGAGAAAUGCUACCAGAAUUGGCCUUGUGCUAUAUGGUUCAGAAGUUCAGCUCAGAUUUGGUCUGGACAGAUUCAUUGCCAAACAGGAUGUGAAGCAUUCAAUUAGGAAAAUAUCAUAUAUGGGAAAAGGUUCUUAUACUGGCACAGCCAUCCACAAAGCAACUCGAGAAGCAUUUUGGGGGGCCCGGACUGAUGUCAGAAGAGUAGCUGUUGUGAUUACAAAUGGCCAAACAGAGAAGAGUGAAGCUAUCAGAUUAGAAGCUGCUGUCAGGGAAGCUCAUGCAGCCAAUGUUGAGAUAUAUGCAAUUGGAAUUGUUAAUACUUCAGAUCCAAGACAAUAUGAAUUUGUCCGGGAAUUAAACCUGAUUGCAUCAGAUCCAGACAGGGAGCACAUGUACCUCUCUGACAGCUUCAGUGCUCUCCCAGAUUUGGAGUUCAAGUUGGCAAACCAAUUUUGUGCUAAUGAACAUAAUGCAUUAAUUUCUGGACAAAUUAGAAAUGAUGGGAUAACUGGAAAGCCUUUUAAAUCUGCAUUGUCCAAUUCUGCAAAUAACUUACUCUACAACAGCAACAGAAAGAAUGGACAAGUGAUUUCAUCAGAUAAACAGAAAGCAUAUAUAGAAGAAAACUAUUUUGGCUCUAACAAGCAUUCUCAACCAGUCACAAUGAACAAAGAAUCACUGGCAUUACUAUAUGAAAACUAUGAAGAAAAACAUGAGAAAGUAAAACAGCUACCUAUAUCUUCAGUGAAUCUGCAAGAAAAUACAUGGAAUUCACAAUGUCAAUUAAAUUUAGAUCAAGGAUCAUGCCGUAUAUAUGUUAUAAAAUGGUACUAUGAUAAGAAAGCAAAUGCUUGUGCUCGGUUUUGGUAUGGUGGUUGCAAUGGAAAUGCUAAUCGCUUUAACAGUGAAGAUGAAUGUAUAAAGGCCUGUGUGUUUUCCCACAGAGAAACCUGAAGUAUUGAAGUAGAUUCUCCAGUUCUAUAAUAGGA